GUUGAGCAUCUUGGGGAUUUUCCUGGGUGGUGAGUUGUGUCCUUUUUUUCUUUUUAAAAGAUGAGUUAUUUGGGUGUUGGUAUUAGUCCUGGGAAUGUUCCAGUUUACCGAGGCACCAAUUUGAAGGUGGUGGAUAGAAGAGUAAAACUUGCAGAGUUGGUGUUGAGGUGUCUGAUAUGUGGGCUGGGUGUUCUUGCAGCUGUUCUUGUGGGAACAGAUAGCCAAGUCAAAGAAAUCUUCUUAAUUAGGAAGAAAGCCAGAUUUACAGAGAUGAAAGCUCUUGUAUUUUUGGUGUUAGCAAAUGGGAUAGCUGCAGCCUAUUCAUUGGUGCAGGUUGUGCGUUGUGUUGUGGGUUUGGUAAGAGGGAAUGUGCUCUUCAGCAAGCCUUUAGCUUGGGCCAUUUUCUCUGGAGAUCAGGCAAUGGCUUACUUGACAGUGGCUGCUGUGGCUGCUGCAGCACAGUCAGCGGUGUUUGCUAAGGAGGGGCAACCAGAGCUUCAAUGGAUGAAGAUAUGCACCAUGUAUGGAAAAUUCUGUAACCAGGUUGGAGAAGGAGUUGCAAGCGCCUUAUUAGUUAGUGUUGGCAUGGUUUUCCUGUCUUGUAUUUCUGCUUUCAGUCUCUUUCGUUUGUAUGGUGGCAACAAAGGCAAGAACAAUGCUACGCGGUAAAUUUUGGGCAGGACCAUGAUAGCUACCUAGCAUGUUUCUGUAACUUGAACCUCUGUGAUUUGUAUUGUGAUGAUAAAACAUGAUAAUAAAAUAGAGGCAGCCGGUGUAUGUUGAUUUUUCCCUUUUAAGCAAAUAUACAAUAUGCUUCUAU